AUGCAUUUUCUAUUUAGGAACACGUACAGUACGGACGUUAUUGAAUUCGCCCGUAAACCAAUGUUUUUCUCUUUUUUUCGCUCAGGUGGUCAGCUACGAAACGAUGAAGUUGACAGCUUAACGGCAAGGAUGACGGCGCAGCACCUCCAUUAUUAUCGCAAAUUAUCGUACCACUGCGCAUGCGCAUGCCCCGAGAUUAUCCUUCCGCUAGAGCCUGAAGCUAACGUUAACAAGCUGUUGAACGUUCGCCAGUGCGCAGCCCGGGCUUUCAGUUGCCGCUGCGAGAAAUCGUACCACUACGAGUAG